GGUGUCCCACGCACGCCCCCUGCUCCGUUAGUUGCCUGUUCCAGUCGCGAGCCCUUCCUAAGCAACCACACAGCCGGCCUUAUUUACGGCAGGCGUAAAAAAAGGACGUAAACGCGCCUCCUGGGCGAAGAGGCUGGUUAAGGAUCUUAUGUUUCUUUACAACAAUUAAACUUUGUCAGAUACAGACUUUAAAGUGAAUAAAUCCAUGAGUGGGAAUCGAUCACUGAAGAAACGAUGUGGGGAAUUGCAUCUGGAAUCCCCUGCACGCUAUGGUCACGUUCCUUCUACAGGAUGUACAUUGAGCAAAUUGUUUCAGUUGCCAACACCGCCUUUAUCAAAGCAUCAGUUAAAACGAUUAGAAGAACACAAAUAUCAAAGUGCUGGACGGUCCCUACUUGAGCCACUUAUGCAAGGUUACUGGGAGUGGUUAGUGCGAAGAGUACCAGCCUGGAUUGCCCCUAAUCUGAUUACAAUUGUUGGACUGAUAAUAAACAUCUGCACAACCAUAAUAUUAGUAUUUUACUGUCCAACAGCUACUGAGCAGGCACCUCCUUGGGCAUAUAUUGCAUGUGCUUGUGGCCUUUUCAUCUAUCAGUCUUUGGAUGCAAUAGAUGGCAAACAGGCAAGAAGAACCAAUAGUAGUAGUCCUCUGGGAGAACUAUUUGACCAUGGCUGUGAUUCAUUGUCCACAGUCUUCGUGGUUUUGGGAACGUGUAUCGCUGUGCGACUGGGGACAAAUCCUGACUGGAUGUUUUUCUGCUGUUUUGCUGGGACAUUCAUGUUUUACUGUGCACACUGGCAGACAUAUGUCUCUGGAACAAUGCGCUUUGGAAUAAUUGAUGUGACUGAGGUGCAAGUCUUCAUAAUAAUCAUGCAUUUACUGGCAGCGAUUGGAGGACCUACAUUUUGGGAAACUAUGAUUCCAGUGUUAAACAUUCACAUGAAAAUACUUCCAGCUAUUUGUACAGUAGCAGGAACCAUAUUCUCUUGUACAAACUACUUUGGUGUGAUCUUCACAGGUGGAGUUGGCAAAAAUGGAUCAACCAUAGCAGGAACAAGUGUCCUUUCACCAUUUCUUCAUAUUGGAACUGUCAUUACAUUAGCUGCCAUGAUCUACAAGAAAUCUGCUGUAGAACUUUUUGAAAAACAUCCUUGCCUCUAUAUACUGACUUUUGGGUUUGUUUCUGCUAAGAUAACUAAUAAACUAGUGGUUGCUCAUAUGACCAAAAGCGAGAUGCACCUUCACGACACAGCAUUCAUAGGUCCAGCACUUUUGUUCUUGGAUCAAUAUUUUAAUAGCUUUAUUGACGAAUACAUUGUACUUUGGAUUGCCUUGAUUUUUUCUCUCUUUGAUUUACUCCGAUACUGUGUCAGUGUCUGCAAUCAAAUUGCUUCUCAUCUUCACAUCAGUGUCUUUAAGAUCAAGACCUACAGUACGUAUUCAAAUCAUCACUAGGUUGUUGCAAUAACUAGUAGCUGUUUUCUACAAGAGAGAAUGCGGUUAUAUUGAGGAGUCUACAGAAACUGCAGCAGAUAGGAACAAAUCUAAUUUAUAAUAAUGUUGUAUAACUAAUUUUGUUAUGAAUGACACCCCCUAGUUAGACAGUCCUCCAACAAAAGGAGAAUCCCAAGUAUUCUCCAAACGUCUAUAUUACCAGGUCCACGGGUGUGUACCUAGAGAAGCAUGCAGAGAAUAAGGCUUUGUCAUUGUAAUUACCUUGACCACAAACCAGGCUCUCAGAUAAAUGGAUUCCCAACAACAGGAAUUUCUAAUACAGUGUAUUUACAAGCUAUAAGCCUGUUUGCUUUUAAUUUAAUAUCCUUUAAGGUGCUCAUUUAAUACUGUCCCAAAAGUAUAAUUAUUAAUUGCCUUGAGAAAUUCUGGCAUCUCACUACCUUUGGUGGCUGGAAUACUUUGGACUUGAGCCUAGAUUCAUCACCAGUUGCUGAUAACUGUGGUUAGUUUUUAAGAAAACAGAUACUUCAUGUUAUUUGCAUUGUCUCUGGAAGCUGGCAUUUUGAAAUGCUAUCUUUGGAAGCAAUCCACUGUGGCUGAUCAUUUUGUCAUUGCACAUUGUACACAGCCACUGUGCUUGAUAAAUUACAUCUUUUGUCUUUAAAAAAUUCUAACCCUAGUCCCCUAAAAUGUGGGAUGAUUGUCAGCAUGCAGUAUAGUGUGUUAUCUGUCAAUUUAUUUUUUAAAAUAAACACUUUAAAAUAAAUUUUCAAGAUUUUUUUUUCAGUGGAAAGUCUAUACAAAAUUUGCAGUUACUUUUUGUAUAAAAUUUAUGCAAAAAUAUUUCUGUUUAAUAAAUGAAAAUUCUCAUAACUAUAA